AGAAUUUAUAUCCAGACGCGUGACCCAGUAAUAUCACGAACCACGCCACACGUUUGUUUCGUGAUAAGUGCUAUCGAUAGACGUGUAUUUUCUAUACCUGUAUAGAGAAUACAGGCAGCAACAAAGCCACACGAGGCGUACUUAGGCAAAAACACGUGUAACGGAUUGCUGAAGUUACGCGGUACCAAGCACCGUGGAUCGAAGACCGCGUCUUGUGCAGUUUCACGGAAGCCAGGGGUUCUGCGCAUGCGACGAAAAAAACUUUCAGACGAAAUUGAAACUCCCAUAAAAGGCGAGAGAGAAUGGAACUUCUUGCAACGAUUUGAUUAUUCGUAGCCCGCCAAAUUUCACCGAAUGAUUCUGAAAGCAUUGCUCGCUGAACGCAUAAGUGUCGUUCGUUCAAAUGGUACCUGGGCGAGGAUUGUUCGGAAGAAAAACAAGCCGCCAGCAUCGGAGGUCUUAACGAGCUAUCUGCUGCAAACGAACGAGCCACCGUGGACGUCGUACUUCGUGAAGUAUGCCGACGUUGUCGACGAUCAAAGGGGGAUGUCCCACUUCAAUUGGCCGGUAGGCAGCAGCAAUUACCACGUACUUAGAACCGGCUGCUUUCCAUACAUGAAGUAUCACUGCACGAAAAGGCCGCGACAGGACCUCACGAGCGAGGACAAAUUCUUCAAGGCGAUCAAGCUACUGAACCUUGGUAUACCAACGUUGAUGUACGGACUGGCAGCGACGCUGCUGAUCAGACACCGGGAGGUAGUGAAAACCGCCCGAGGGGACGUGACGAUCUACUUCUUACUACCCGAGGACAAGGGUUCCAUGUACUGAUGUAGCUGGCUUGCACAUUUACGCGACAUUUUGUUUUCAAUGUAGAACGAUGACUGAAUAAAGAAGUUGUGUAGCUCGAUG